GAUGCGGCGGCCAGUGCCAGUGGGGCCAGCCGUUAGUGGGGAUCGGCACGAGGCCGGUGAAUUAUCGAGCGAGUUCUCGUGUCUCUUUGGUUAAUGGUCGGUGAUUGGCGGCGUCGGCCAGUGGGACGAGAGCGCCAGGUCGAAAGUCAGGUUCCUUGGUCAGGUACGAUCGGGACGCGGAUCGAGGCCAUGGCGACGACGUCGAGGAGAACAUGCGUGGGCACGACCCUGACCGAGAUCAGCGAGACGGAGCAGCGGAUUCAGGCCAACGGCAUAACCUCGCGACUCGGUUGUCGAGUCAAUAACAACGGCUACGCCAAGGCACACCCAGCCAACGGACAUCCGAGGUUUAUACGUGAAAGUAAAGAUGAGAAGGAAAAUCGAACGUAUCCGAUCAAAUUGUCAAAGUACAACGAGUCAUUUGAAAAAGUGCCAUUUAUCACUGCUGCUCUUACUCACUUUGGCUUCUAUAUUCUCAUGUUCUUGGGAUUUAUAAAUCAACUGCUUUUUACGCCAAAUGUUGCUAAAGAGCGAAAAAGAAAGGGAUAUGCUCCUCUUUAUGAAAACUUUGAACAAUUCUAUUUACGAUAUGUCUAUAGAAGAGUGAGAGAUUGUUGGAAUCGUCCAAUUUGUUCGGUACCUGGUGCAACAGUCGUGCUUAAAGAUCGCACGACCAAUGAUUAUGGCUGGACGUUCGAAUUUACCGGCACCGAAACCAAAUGCAUAAAUCUCGGCUCCUAUAACUAUCUGGGAUUUGCAGAAUCAACCGGACCCUGCGCAGAGGAAAGUAUCCGCACUUUAAAGAAAUUUGGAUGUUCUAGUUGCAGCAGUAGACUGGAAUUAGGUAGUAUGCCUAUACACAAUGAAUUGGAACAGCUGACAGCUCGAUUUUUAGGCGUUGAGGAUGCCAUAGUUUUUGGAAUGGGCUUUGCCACAAAUACUUUAAACUUACCAUCGCUAGUAUCAGCAGGCAGUCUUGUUCUAAGCGACGAGAAGAAUCAUGCAUCAGUUAUUCUAGGAUUACGACUCUCGGGCGCGAUUAUUAGAGUUUUUAAACAUAACAAUGUUAAGCAUUUGGAAGAUUGCUUGAAGAAAGCUAUUUUAUUAGGUCAGCAAAAUACGGGCGAACCUUGGAAGAAAAUUAUCAUUGUUGUCGAGGGAAUCUAUUCAAUGGAGGGAUCUAUAGUUCAUCUUCCAGAAAUACUUAAACUGAAAAAAAAAUAUAAGGCAUAUCUUUAUUUAGACGAAGCACACAGUACAGGGGCAAUUGGAAAGCGUGGCCGAGGAAUAUGUGAUUAUUACGAUGUCGAUCCACGAGAAGUCGACAUUCUAAUGGGCACGUUCACUAAAAGUUUUGGUUCAGCCGGUGGCUACAUCGCUGGCACUAAGGUAGCAAAUAUUUUAAGAAACAAACAUAAGAAUACCGCUGUUCACUUAUUUAAUUCUGCAUUUCUUCAGACACUGAUCAAUUAUUUGCGAGUACACAGCCAUGCACACUCAUACGCAAUGUCAAUGUCACCUCCCAUAGCCCAGCAAAUUAUUACAUCGAUGAAAAUAAUCGCCGGCGAGGAUGGCACCGAUGCCGGUAAAAAACGAACGAAACAGUUGGCGAGAAAUACCAGGUAUUUUAGGCGCAAACUAAAUCAAAUCGGUGUAAUUACUUAUGGAAAUGAAAAUUCACCCGUCGUGCCGAUGCUCGUGUAUCUCUUCUCAAAAAUUGGUUCCGUAGUGAGAACUCUAACGACACGUAAUAUAGCUACAGUUGGUGUUGGUUUCCCAGCAACGCCACUUAUGGAAGGGAGAAUAAGAUUUUGCCUAUCAGCCGCGCACACCAAAGAGCAACUUGACUAUGUAUUAAAAAACAUCGAAGAUAUCUCAGGCACUCUUGGAUUAAAAUACUCAAACAAGCCGCGCGAUCCUAAUCCAAUAGAGUAUUAUUCAGAUAGUGAAACGGAAUGACCUACCUCAUAGCAUAAUAAGGCCAAUACAUACGAUUGAAUUUGUCGCGUUAAGGGCGGCGGUAAGGCGAGAAGAAGUUUCCAAAUGGUUUUUUGAAGCAUAUCCACGAUUCGCUUAUAGCCGUCAGAUACUGGAUUGACAUGUCAUUUUACUCGAGCUUUUCAGUCUCCAAAGUCAGGGUAAAACGAUUCAAGAGCGAUGUAAAAUAAUGAAAAUAAUAAUAGAUGGUAUAAUUAUGUAUAAGAACAAUGACGAAUAGACCAAAUAUGUACUGAGUUAAUUUGCGGCUUAGCAAAAAAUUGGUCGGUCUUGAGAUUUGAUAAUAUUUAUAUCAAUCGAUACAUCCUUCGAUAUGUAUAUUAGCAAAUCUUUGGAUAAACAAUGAAUAAUAGUACAUUCAUUAAAACUUGUAAAUUAUGAUUGACGCUGCCUUAAAAUACUGCAUCCUCGUUAUGCGGUAUAUAUAAUUUAGCUUAGCAUUUGAAUAAUUUAUGAGCUUCUAUAAAUAAUUUUUCCAAAUAUUCUCUAAUUUGAAAUCAGUAAACAAUGUUAUUGCUACAUAGAUUUAUGCGAUUCAAAUGUUUCUGUUUAUGUUGUAGAAUUUUGUUUUUUUUAUGUUUAUUAAGCGAGACUUUAAAAACUUAUCUACUUUUAAUAGAAAUG